UUUUUUUUUAAACCCUGAUUAUUUGUGAGAAUUUAAGGAUGACAGAUAUAAGGAGGAGAUUGAUUACUGGAAUAGUUAUUAUAUAGCGAAAAGUAUAUUCACGAAAAAAUGGCUGUUAGACUCCGUAUGACGUUACUGUUGAUGGUAAUGACUUUGACUAUGGGAAUUGUAAUUUUCUACUUUGUAUUUAACAACAGUUCUUCCAAAUCUCAAGAUCUACCUCAUUCUUUUAUACGAUCUGCAGGACGAGAAAAUGUCAAUUUACAGAGCCUGGUUUCUAAACCCACUCCGCAAGAUUCUAAAUGUACCUAUCAUACGUGUGUCAACGUGUUUCAUUGUGGAUACAAUGACAAAACGAGAAUAAGUGUGUACGUUUAUCCCCUCGUUCAGUACUUUGAUGAAAACGGGGAUCAGGUUUCCCCAAUACUCUCCCGGGAGUUUUAUGAAAUCUUAGAGGCAAUCUCCGAAAGUCCCUAUCACACUGAUAACCCAGAAACAGCAUGUCUCUAUGUUCCCACUCUCGAUACACUAAACCAGAAUAAUAUCAGGACAAAGGAACUGGGCAACCUUUAUACACUGUUAAACUGGUGGAAUGAUGGAGCAAAUCACCUGAUUUUCAACAUGUUGCCAGGUGAACUGCCAAGCUAUCAAACAAUACUGGAGGCCGACACAGGCAAGGCUAUGAUAGCUGGAGGAGGGUUUUCUACAUGGAGCUAUAGAAGAGGGUUUGAUGUUUCCAUCCCAGUCAUUAACCCAUUCUUACCAGAUUUAAACUUAAAACCCAAAUCAAAUUUGGAAUCAAGAAAAUGGCUGCUUAUCUCUGCCCAGGUAGGGCUUCACAGUGAGUACAAAGAGGUCAUGUCAGAGGUGGCAGCAUCAGAAAAGAGGUUCCUCAUCAUGGACAGAUGUGGAGAUGACAAGAAGUGGGACUUUACCCGGCGGUGCCAGGGAUCAGUGGAGUAUAAAUAUCCCGAUAUACUCCAGGAGAGCAAGUUUUGCAUGGUGUUGCGGAGUGCUAGACUUGGUCACACGGCCUUAAGUGAUGCAUUGAUGACAGGCUGUAUUCCUGUUAUUGUGGCUGAUGGAUAUGUUUUACCAUUUUCAGAAGUUCUUGACUGGAAAAGGGCAGCAGUGGUGAUCAGAGAGGAUGAUUUGAAGGAUGUUGUGGAAGUGUUAAAAUCCUACAGCAUGGAGAGAAUAUAUCAGAUGAGAAGGCAGGCUAAGUUCUUCUGGGACAACUACUUCCACUCGGUCAAAGCCAUCACCAUGACAACACUACAGAUCAUUAAUGACAGGGUGUUUCCAUAUGUAGCUAAAAGAUAUGAAGAGUGGAAUGAGAUUUCAAACCCUAAGGCUGUUUGGAAUCCCAUGUUCUUGCCUCUGAUCCCACCCAGCUCCCAGGGAUUUACAGCUGUUGUAUUGACCUACAAUCGUCCAGAGUCCCUGUUCCAGGUGAUCAAGCAGCUGUCCUUAGUCCAGAGUAUGUCCAAAAUUGUGGUCAUCUGGAAUAAUCAGGCCAAAGCUCCACCACCAAUGUCAGCCUGGCCUUUGGUUUCUAAACCUCUGAAAAUUAUACAGACACAAAAGAAUAAACUCAGCAACAGUAAAAUGGACAGAUUAAGCCAGAAAACAACCAGGUUUUUUCCCUACCAUGAGAUUCAGACAGAGUGUAUACUGGCCAUUGAUGAUGAUAUAAACAUGCUGACACCUGAUGAAGUGGAAUUUGGUUAUCAGGUUUGGCGUGAGUUUCCAGACAGGUUGGUAGGAUUUCCAUCUCGAGUUCAUCUCUAUGGAAAUGAAUCCAACAAGUAUAAAUACGAGUCCGAAUGGAAGAAUAAUAUCUCUAUGGUGCUAACUGGAGCCGCAUUUCACCACAAGUAUUACAGUUAUUUGUACACAUACAACAUGCCUGGUAAGAUCAAACAGUGGGUAGAUGAUAAUAUGAACUGUGAGGAUAUUGCCAUGAAUUUCCUCAUCUCCAAUGUCACAGGAAAGGGACCCAUCAAGGUGGCCCCGCGUAAGAAGUUCAAAUGCCCUGAGUGUAUUAACAGUGAAAUGCUGUCCUCUGACACUUUACACAUGGUGGAGAGAUCUGAGUGUGUCAAUAACUUUGUUAAAGCGUAUCAAUCGAUGCCCCUAAAGGGGGUGGAGUUUAGGGUUGAUCCCGUGCUAUAUAAAGACGAUGUGCCCAAUGUCGUUAAAAUGUACACAGGGGUUGGGAGCUUGUGAUUUUGUACAGUAUUAUAUUUGUACAAUCUAUUUACAUGUGUUUGUAUUUCUUUUAUGUGUACAAUGAAUUUCUUUUUUUGUCUUUUGUGAAUGAUUUGUAAAAAGACUGGCAAAGCCAGGUUGUUUUUUUAUAAAUAUAGCAUACAUAUAAAUUGUGGUGCGAAAAUGUCAUCAAAUGAUGUCUUUGUUACAUGUACUGUUGAAUUUUUUCUAAGUGUUUUAGAUAUAUGCAUAUUGUUUUAUGUUGUUUUAUUGAGCAUGAUUGUUUACUUAUACAAAAAGUUUUGAUUUUUAUUUGUUUUUAUGUUCAAAAAUAUGAUUUUGGGAAAAAGUUCUUUGUAAUCAAUGAGCAAUUUCAAAGGAAUGAAAAGUGAUGUUUGUCUUUUUGAAAGAAUUUAUACUGAAAAAUAUUAACGAAUUGUUUUCUUGAGACAUGGUAUAUGCAUUACAUGAAGGGACAAUUAUAAAUACAGUCAAACCUCAAUGGGACCAAGCAAACUUCAAGAUAUCUGAUUAUAUGAGAUAUCCAGGGUAAAGUACUUUAAAAAAUAAGAGGUUGGGACUUUCAAAUCACUUCGACAUAUCCAUGGUAUUUGAGAUAUCAGUGUUCAAGAUACUGAAGUUCAACUGUAUCAUUUUAAUUACUUUUUUUAAUUGAAAAAAAAGGAUUUGUUUUAAACCUCUCAUGUCUCUUAUUAAGUAAAACUUCUUUUACUUAUUAGUCAGUAAAGAUAAUAAACUUUUAGCAGCCUGUUGACAACACUAGAUCAAAUCAUGAUAUACACAUGUAUGUAAAUAAUACAAAGUAAUGUUUAUAUGGUGCUUACAUUAAAAUUAUACUUUAUUUAUAAAUAUGGUGUGGAUUAUUCAUAUAAAUUGUAUAAAUUAUAAACAUUAUAAUUUAGAUCUGAAGAUCAUGAAAUCAUGCCAAAUGCCUUAUUUAUAGACAGACUUACAUGAAUCAGUUUGCAUUUUGAAACACAUGCUGAAUAAAGUAAACUAAUGGUAGGCAUUUUUAUAUUUAGUUGAACAGUGGUUGUGUGUUGAAAGGUUUUUUUUUCUAUUAACUUAAAUGAUUUACUUUCAUUUAGGAAAUGUCCACUAUAAUUCUUCUUGGUCUUGUUUCAUCAAGUUUGAUUACUUAUAUGGUACAUAAUUAUACUGCUGUACUUACAAAUCAGGAAUUGUUGCUUUAGCAUUUAUUGUUUAUUUUACACAUAAACUUCUAUUUUGAAAUACAUUUUCAUUGAAUUCUUGAGUUGUUAAUUAUUAAUUUUUAAAAACAGAGAGUUUAAGGACAUUGGCAAGGUUCCUGGUUAUCGUAUAGAAUUUUUCAAGAACUCUUGAGUAGUUUUAAUUGUAAUAAACAGGCUAUAUUGUGGAUUGUUUAACCUACCAAUCCAACCUUCUUUUUUAGAUUUUGUCAAAUCAGUGUUUUUACAAUUCUCAAUGCAUUUCCUAUGUAAAAUGUUAAUAAAAGGGACCUACUUAAUUUUUCACCGUAAUAUUUUCCCAAAACCCACUUAUUUCAUACAGUUUUUGUAUUAUAUACAUUAUUGUAUCUUCAUUUCCUAUGACUUCUAGAUAUUUUGGCUGAAAAUAUAUAUAGAAUCAAGACAUGGAUAUACCGGCACUGAUCAUUAUUUUUGAGUCGCUUCCCUUAACAGCUAAAAACUGAUUGAUUGUUUUUAUCAUGUAAUUGACUGAAUUGAUUGAAACACAUUGUCAUGAAAAUAUUGGCAUGGU